AUGACAUUUCUCCAAGCAUGUUGUACUCUCCAUCGUCUUCAUAUUUUCGAAAUGUUUAGAGUAACUAGUCUAAUGUUGCCGACAAUUGCUCUUUGCAUCUUUCUUCUUGCACAUCAAGGCUUCGGAUCAAGGCUGAGGCCUACUAUCCAAGAGGUAAACGAUCCAUUAGUGAAAGGUUUGCCAUAUGCUCCAAUCAAACAAAAUCUGACAAGCUUGAAACCAAACUCCCACGGGACAGCACAUCCUCUGGAAGGACCAGGCCCAGAAGAAGUUACAUAUAUAAUUGCACACCAAACUUCUGUUGGGGGCCCUAAUGAUAAUUACUAUGGAUUACAAGCCAUCACGGACGUGUAUGGCCACGACCUCAAAACUGGCCAGUUGAGUGCUACGAUAAUUUGGGUUCAUCAUACUGGUGAUGGCUCAAAAUCAAGUUUGAAUACGAUUCAAGUUGGAUGGCAUAUUCACCCAGAACGCUAUGGCGACACUCGUACUCACUUGUUUGCCUAUUGGACGAGGGAUGGAUAUGAAACAACCGGGUGCUUCAACAGGGAUUGCCCUGGUUUCAUAACAGCAAAAGGUGCUACAGUGAGUCUAGGUGCAAUCAUAGAUCCAGUUUCCGAUCUCAAUGGUGGGAGCCUACAAAAUGUCACUCUAAAAUUGUUGAAGGAGAAGACAAGUGGAGAUUGGUGGGUGUACUACGGCUUCAAUAGUGUCCCUACUGCUGUGGGCUACUACCCAAGCUCAUUGUUCACAAACCUAGCAAAAAUUGCAAACACGGUCUCGUUUGGUGCCUAUGUGAGCGUUGACAGGGCGCAACCAACACCUCCGUUGGGCAGUGGUGCCUCACCAAAUGAUGGCCAAGGCCACGCUGCAUCCUUUAGCGACAUGCAAACUAUUGAUGUGGAUGGGACUGGCAAGCCUAUCAUGGAAGACUUGCCCAGCGUUGCCAAAUGUUACUCGAUUGCUCCUGUGUCUCAUGGAAAGUUCUUUUAUGGUGGACCGGGAGGAUGUGCGUAA